AAUAAUUUGUCAGUGUUUUGUCAAGUCUGUACUGUUUACUUUAAUAAUUUGUCGGUGUUGUCAGUGGCUUUAAUGUAUGGGUUACCGAGUUUGAAUAUGCAUCACUCAAUUCGAAUCUAGUCCUUAUCCGAUAAUUAACUAUAGUUCAUAUUAUUUCGAAUCCGUCAAUGUCCACCAUUCAAGUUAUCUAUAUAUAUGGACUCAUAGAUCCACCAUUCAAUGUAUCUCUUCCCAUCUACUUCCCAUCUACUUCCCAUCUCUUCCCAUCUACUUCCCAUCUUUUCCCAUCUCUUCCCAUCUACUUCAAAUUUCACAAAAAAUGGAUCCACCAGAGUUUGAUCUCGAAGCUUACCUUGAAAAAAGCAAGAGAGAAGACACUUAUGUACUCAACCACUUUAGGGAGCGUAGAAAUCUAAUAUUGGAGGGUAGCGCACCUCGUGGUAGAAAAUAUCUCAGUAGAGAUCAUGCAGGGGCAAACCAAAGGCUAAUUGACGACUACUUUGCCAAUGAGCCUACAUACGACGAUGGAAUAUUCCGUCGCCGGUACCGGAUGCAAAAACAUGUGUUCCUUCGAAUCGUUGCGGACCUUUCAAGUAGUGAUAGCUACUUCACCCAGCGAGUCGAUGCAGCAAAGAAAGAAGGUAUAUCGCCCUUAGCAAAAUGCACCACAGCAAUGCGAAUGUUAGCAUAUGGUGUGGCAGCAGAUGCAGUCGACGAGUACAUCAAAAUAGGAGAGACUACAGCAUUGGAGUGUGUACGUAGAUUCUGUAAAGGAAUCAUACGAUUGUAUGAGCAAGAGUACAUGAGAGCACCAACCCAAGAGGACCUGCAAAGAAUACUACAGGUUAGUGAAAUGCGGGGGUUCCCAGGCAUGAUCGGGAGUAUUGACUGCAUGCACUGGGAGUGGAAAAAUUGUCCUAAAGCAUGGGAAGGUCAAUUUGCUAGAGGGGAUAAGGGAACCACCACAGUUAUUCUUGAAGCAGUUGCAUCUCCUGAUCUUUGGAUCUGGCAUGCCUUUUUUGGAUGUCCGGGAACCUUGAACGAUAUAAACGUUCUAGACCGGUCACCAGUGUUUGAUGAAUUGGAACAGGGAAACGCUCCACGUGUGAAUUUCAUCGUGAACCAACGUCCCUAUAAUAUGGCAUACUAUCUAGCUGAUGGUAUCUACCCUUCUUAUCCAACUUUUGUCAAGUCUAUUAGACUUCCUCAAACUGAACCCGAUAAGUGCUUUGCAAAACAUCAGGAGGGAUGUCGGAAGGACAUCGAACGUGCAUUUGGAGUGCUUCAAGCUCGUUUUAAAAUCAUCCGUGAACCAGCUCGCUUCUGGGACAUAACUGAUUUGGGUAUCAUCAUGAGGUCAUGCAUCAUAUUACAUAAUAUGAUUGUUGAGGAUGAACGAGAUACAUAUGCUCAACGCUGGACCGAUUUUGAGCAAGCUGAGGGAAGUGAAUCUAGUACACCGCAACCAUACUCGACCGAGGUGUUACCCGCUUUUGCGGAUCACGUGCGUGCUAGAUCCGAGUUCCGUGAUCCAAAUGUCCAUCACCAACUACAAGCAGAUCUAGUGAAGCACAUCUGGGCAAAGUUUGGAAUGUAUGAUGAUUAAAUAUGCUUUGUAUCGUACUAAUUACGUUAUUUGUGUGUUGUGUGUUUAGUUUGUUGUCUUGCAUUUUAAGUUAAGCAAAUAAAAUGUAUUAUUGUGUGCUUAGUUUCUUUUCUUCCAUUUGAAGUUAAUAAAAUAAAAUAAA